AGAUUGAGGUUGUACUCUGGCAGAGAGAAGUACCUCAGCCACUUUAUGUAAAGGUAGCACUGCAGGAAAAGUUGGAGAAGUGAGAAGAAGCCUGGCGGUGUGAGUUUGUGCGUCGAGUGGUGGUUUAGUCAAAAUUACAUUUGUCGUUUAUAACCGUUUACAGCUCCGGAAGCGACGGCGGUUCGGACACAUUAAAGAAAGGAGCUAACAUAAUCUGCGCAUUCCUGAAGUUGACUGACUGUCGAGCUGGCAGAGAUGUUUCAGAUAAAGAGGAUCUGUUGCAUUGGUGCUGGGUAUGUAGGAGGCCCAACAUGUAGUGUGAUUGCCCACAUGUGUCCAGAGAUCACGGUGACCGUCGUGGAUGUCAACGAAUCCCGCAUCAAAGCCUGGAACUCGGACACUCUGCCCAUAUAUGAGCCGGGUCUCAAAGAGGUGGUUGAAUCAUGCAGAGGGAGAAAUUUGUUCUUCUCCACAGACAUUGACUCAGCCAUCAGAGACGCAGACCUCGUCUUUAUCUCUGUGAACACCCCAACCAAGACCUAUGGGAUGGGGAAGGGCCGUGCCGCUGACCUCAAGUUCAUUGAGGCGUGUGCUCGGCGGAUUGUGGAGGUGUCUGAUGGUUACAAGAUUGUCACAGAGAAGAGCACAGUCCCAGUUCGAGCUGCUGAGAGCAUUAGACGGAUAUUUGAUGCCAACACCAAACCCAGCCUCAACCUACAAGUGCUGUCCAACCCAGAAUUCCUUGCAGAAGGAACAGCAGUACGGGAUCUGAAGGAGCCAGACCGUGUCCUGAUUGGUGGAGAUGAAACAGCAGAAGGUCAAAGGGCAAUCAGAGCGCUGUGUGCUGUAUAUGAACACUGGGUCCCCAAAGCAAGAAUCAUCACCACCAACACAUGGUCGUCCGAGCUGUCCAAACUGGCCGCCAAUGCGUUCCUGGCACAGCGGAUCAGCAGCAUCAACAGCAUCAGCGCUCUGUGCGAGGCCACCGGGGCCGAUGUGGAGGAGGUUGCCAAGGCGAUCGGUAUGGACCAGAGGAUAGGCAGCAAGUUUCUCAAAGCCAGCGUAGGUUUUGGUGGAAGCUGUUUCCAGAAGGACGUGCUGAAUUUGGUGUACUUGUGCGAGGCCCUCAACCUGCCUGAGGUAGCAUCCUACUGGCAGCAGGUGAUCGACAUGAACGAGUACCAAAGGCGGCGGUUUGCCUGCAGGAUUAUUGACUGCCUCUUCAACACCGUCACUGGUAAAAAGAUCGCUCUUCUGGGUUUCUCCUUCAAAAAAGACACAGGGGACACAAGGGAGUCGUCCAGUAUCUACAUCUCCAAGUAUCUGAUGGAUGAGGGAGCCAAGCUGUUCAUUUACGACCCCAAAGUCCUGAAGGAACAGAUCAUUCAUGACCUCUCCCAGCCCAGCAUCUCAGAGGACAACCCAGAAAGAGUGUCGGAGCUGGUGACUGUGACCUCGGACCCCUAUGAGGCCUGCCAGAGCGCGCAUGCAUUGGUCAUCUGCACCGAGUGGGACAUGUUCAAGGAGCUGGACUAUGAAAAGAUCUAUAAGAAGAUGCUGAAGCCGGCCUUUAUCUUUGAUGGCCGCAGAGUGCUGGACCACCUCCACCCUCACCUCCAGAACAUCGGCUUCCAGAUCGAGACCAUCGGUAAGAAAGUAACCGCAACACGAAUCCCCUACACCCCGGCAGCGGUAUGUCCUCGCAUCACUGCCAGUGAACCUCCCACCAAGAAAGCCAAAGUCUAAAUCUCACUUCACCUCCACACAUGAAACACAUUCCUCUGUCAACCUUUUAAAUGCAGGUGAAACAUUUCAUUCAGGUUGUCGGUACGCGCCUAAUGAUCAAAAAGGCCAGAGCAGCGUGACUAAGUGCUGCCCUGCAGUCGGCCUGAGAGGAACAAGUCGAGCCUUCAGUCCAAAUUAGUAUGAAUGUGAUCCAUGAAUGAGUCUUCGGAAGAAGUUUAGUGAUAAAACAUCAUUAAACAUUUUUUUACAUUUUAAGUCAAAUAGCAUUUAUCAAAUCAGACAUUUCAGAUGCACCGUCUAUUUCAAAUGAAAACUGUUAGUGUAAGUCUACUUUUUUACAGCAUUUACUGUAUAAUCAAGUAUUGUUGCUAAAUUGCAAAAAAAAAAUGAUUUUAUACUAUUUUUAAAAAUAUUUUUUAUAAAACCAUCUUACUGUAUGUCAGUCAGUAUUUGUCCUCUGUAUUACUGAAAACGGCAAUGCAAUAAAGUGCGACGUGUCUCCUU